GCUCACGGAGCAAUUCACAAGCACUUGUGCUAUCGUUUCAUAGGAGUCGUGUGCAGAACUAGCAGCAGCACUAGCGUCAGUCAUGUCCGUGUCUCUGAGAGUCAGUCCGUCCGUGCACGGUUAUCACUUCGACACCGCCUCCCGCAAGGCGGCCGCGCACAACAUCUUCCAGGGGGUCGACCAGGACUCCCUCCAGCGACUCUUCAAAAAAUCCGGCGACAAAAAAGCCGAAGCCAGAGCUCGCAUCAUCUUCUGCAUCGAUCAGGACAGCGAGGAGAAAGGCCGGGCGCUACAGGCUCUCAGACAAAGGACCAGGGACAAGAUCCUCCAGUUCCUCAAGCUCCGCAAGAUUCCUCUCAAGGUCAUCACCUGAAGGGCUGGCCCGCGGAACUGACACUCUAACCGCAGGCAUCCUGAUAUAUGAUGCUCCAGUAUUCAGAGACUAGCUCCAAGAGCUCACGCUCCAGCUUGGAGAUGCUUGGCCAGAGAGCUUACACUCCAACAGACUGUGCCACUAAAGCUUAAGAUCCAGAGUCCAGAGAGGCACACUUCAGCUAGGAAAUGCUUGGCCAGAGAGCUCACACUCCUGACAGACCGUGCCACAAGCUAAAGGUCCAGAGAGCACACACCCCAUGGAGAUGCUUGGCCAAAGAGCUUACACUCCUGACAGCCUGUGCCACAAAAGCUGAAGAUCCAGAGUCCAGAGAUCCCACACUCCAGCUUUGUUAGGUGAGCUUACACUCCUGACAGACUGUACCACUAAAGCUAAAGAUCCAGAGUAAAGAGCUCACACUCCAGCUUGGAGAUGCUUGGCCAGAGAGCUUACACUCUGACAGACUGUACCACUAAAGCUAAAGAUCCAGACUGUUUCAAGAAGCUGCAGAGACUGGUGCCCAUCACGGCAGGUGGAGAUGCCCCAGGGCUGCAUCGGGCAGAGAAAGGAGAACCCCCCAUUAGAAGGCUAUGGGGGGAUGGGGCACAGCCCACAAGAACUAAUAAGACAGAUAUGUAGCAGAGCACUGUGUGGCUUGAUGCUGCGCAUUGACUUUUCUUCUUCUGGUGCUAUAAACUCAAUCAGUGAUGAUAUUUAUUCCACUGUGUUAUCUCCUGAAUAAAUUCAUAUUAUUGUUAUUAUUUUAA